CCCGGGGGGCGCUGCUUGCUGCCGCCGCCGCCGAGGUGCUGGCGUUGGACGAUGAGGAGGACGACCUGGAGGUAUUCAGCAAGGAUACAUCACUGGCUGAGGUAAACUCAUUCAGUCCUUCAAUGCCAAUAUCCCCCUCAUCAAUGAUAAACCAGUAUAAAUUUGAAGAUGAACCAGAAUUAAGAGAUCUUUUCAUUACAGUCGAUGAUCCUGAAAGCCACAUUACAGCCAUCGAAACAUUUAUUACAUACAGAGUAGUCACAAAGACUUCUCGUGGUGAAUUUGACUCCAGUGAAUAUGAAGUUCGAAGACGAUAUCAGGAUUUCCUUUGGUUGAAGAGCAAACUUGAAGCAGCACAUCCGACACUGAUUAUUCCUCCAUUGCCUGAAAAAUUCAUAAUGAAAGGAAUGGUGGAACGAUUUAGUGAUGAAUUCAUUGAGACUCGAAGAAAAGCUUUACAUAAAUUUUUGAACCGUAUUGCUGAUCAUCCAACUUUAACUUUUAAUGAAGACUUCAAAAUUUUUCUUACUGCGCAGGCCUGGGAACUCUCCUCACACAAGAAGCAGGGUCCCGGUUUGCUGAGCAGGAUGGGACAGACCGUCAGAGCUGUAGCAUCUUCAGUAAGAGGGGGAGUUAAAAAUCGUCCUGAAACGUUUACAGAAAUGAAUGAUUACAUGGAAACAUUUAGUCAGAAAAUAAAUGUACUAGACAAAAUAGCUCAUAGAAUUUACAAGGAAGAAAGGGAGUAUUUUAAUGAAAUGAAGGAAUAUGGCCCCAUUCACACACUCUGGUCAGCAUCGGAAGAAGAUAUAGCAGACUCCCUAAAAGGUGUUGCCAGCUGCAUCGACAAGUGUUGCAAGGCUACGGAGAAGCGAAUGGCAGGGCUCUCGGAAAACCUGCUACCGAUUUUACAUGAAUAUGUUCUCUACAGUGAAAUUCUGAUGGGUGUUUUGAAAAGGAGAGACCAAAUUCAAGGCGAGCUUGACUCCAAAGUUGAUGCUUUAGCCAAUAAAAAAACAGAAAAGGAUCUGUUCUCAGAAGAGAUUGGGAAACUUGAAGACAAAGUCGAAUGUGCCAAUAAUGCUCUGAAAGCGGAUUGGGACAGGUGGAAGCAAAACAUGCAGUGUGAUAUGAGAUCAACAUUCACUAAUGUGGCUGAGAAUAAUCUCCGUUAUUAUGAAGAGUGCCUUGCUACAUGGGAGUCCUUCCUAGCAUCUCAGACAGUGGAUCUUCACGUGGAAGAAGAUUCUGAAGAUAAGCCUUGACUAAUAUCUCUGCUCAGUCUCUGCCUUUUCCAUGCAGUUUCUCCCAACCAAAGAAGUGCUUUAUACAAGAUCAGAUUCAUUAUUAAAUUUAACUGUUAAAAAUCAGUGAAAUGCAGGAAACCAGCUUAUUGAAAACUCAGGUAUUCUAGUCCUGAAAUACAUUUUGGAACAUGCUAUAUAUUGCUUUAUAUUGCUUAGCUGUGAUUUUACAUAUUUUUAUGCAAGUGUUUGCAUACAAUUGUUUUCAUAAAUAUUGCAUAAUUUGGAUAUAAAGUAUUUUAAAUAUGUAAAAAUAGCUCCAUUUUAAUAAAAAGUUUAAUAA